AUGUCGCCCUCCAAAGUUCCAGUCCCCAUUACCGAUACUGCAGAAGUUGAAGAACAAAUCAGAAAAGAGCUGGCCCUAGGUAGUGAAGUUGUUACCAUUAGACAUAAUGCUCCCGCAGCUACCUUAUACGAGGAUGGGUUGAAAGAAAAGAAAACAGCUGUGGUUUCAUCCGGUGCCUUAGCCGCCUACUCAGGUAGUAAGACUGGUAGAUCUCCAAAGGACAAGCGUAUCAUCGAGGAAGAAACUUCCAAAAAUGAAGUCUGGUGGGGCCCUGUUAACAAACCUGCUUCCGAAAAGACCUGGUCUAUCAACCGUGAACGUGCCGCUGAUUACCUGCGUACAAGGGACCAUUUGUACAUUAUAGAUGCCUACGCAGGCUGGGAUCCUCGUUACCGUAUUAAAGUUCGUGUCAUUUGUGCGAGAGCUUACCAUGCAUUAUUUAUGACUAACAUGCUAAUUAGACCUUCACCUGAGGAAUUAGCAAAUUUUGGUGAACCAGAUUUUACAGUUUGGAAUGCCGGUCAAUUCCCUGCUAAUCGUAACACUGAGGGUAUGACUUCAAAGACAACAGUCGAAAUUAAUUUCAAGGCAAUGGAAAUGAUAAUUUUGGGUACCGAGUAUGCCGGUGAAAUGAAGAAAGGUAUCUUUACUGUUAUGUUUUAUUUGAUGCCAGUGCACCACAAUGUGCUUACAUUACACUCUUCUGCCAAUCAAGGUAUUGAAAGAGGUGAUGUUACAUUGUUCUUCGGCCUUUCAGGUACUGGUAAGACUACAUUAUCUGCUGACCCUCACAGGGCACUUAUUGGUGAUGAUGAACAUUGCUGGUCCGAUCAUGGUGUUUUUAACAUUGAAGGCGGUUGUUACGCGAAGUGUAUCGACUUAACCGCUGAAAAGGAGCCAGAAAUCUAUAACGCUAUUAAAUUCGGUUCUGUUCUUGAAAAUGUGGUCUUUGAUGCAUCGAAUCGUGAAGUAGAUUACACAGACAAUUCUAUCACGGAAAAUACUAGAUGUGCUUAUCCAAUUGAUUACAUCCCAUCUGCGAAGAUCCCAUGUUUGGCAGAUAAACAUCCCAGUAACAUUGUUCUCUUAACUUGUGACGCAUCUGGUGUGCUACCACCAGUUUCUAAACUGACUCCAGAACAAGUCAUGUACCAUUUUAUCUCUGGUUACACCUCCAAGAUGGCCGGUACUGAACAAGGUGUUACGGAACCAGAAACUACAUUCUCAUCUUGUUUCGGACAACCAUUUUUAGCACUGCAUCCAAUGAGGUAUGCCACUAUGUUGGCCAAGAAGAUGCAUCAGCAUAAUGCCAAUGCUUGGUUGGUAAACACCGGGUGGACCGGAUCCUCCUACACUGCUGGCGGCAAGCGUUGUCCUUUGAAAUACACAAGAGCAAUUUUGGAUUCAAUUCAUGACGGUUCUUUGUCUAAGGCUGAUUAUGAAACGUUGCCAAUCUUUAACCUGCAUACCCCAGCUAAGGUAAAUGGUGUGCCAGAUUCCCUUUUGAAUCCUGCUAAAUCUUGGGUUGAAGGUCCUACCAAAUACAAUAGCGCCGUCAAGACUCUAGCGACUAAAUUUACUGAAAAUUUCAAGAUUUACCAAGAUCAAGCGACUCCAGAUGUUCUUGCAGCUGGUCCUCAAUUCUAA